AGCCCAUGAACAGAAGUGACGUUGCAGGGUAAACAGAGGAGAGGCAGGUCUGCCAGGGGAGCAGAAGCGGACACUAUCCCAUUCCUCCUGACAUUUCGUUUAAUAUUCCGGAUAAUGCAGUCUUCCAAAAGGAGUGAAAGUGACUGGCAGGGACUGGUCAGCGAGUUCCUGGUGUGUAAGCGCAAACUAGAGAGUAAGAAAGAGGCCCUGCUCAUUCUGUCCAAGGAGCUGGAUACGUGUCAACAGGAAAGAGACCAGUAUAAACUGAUGGCCAAUCAGCUGAGAGAGCGCCACCAGGGACUCAAGAAGAAGUACAGAGAGCUCAUAGAUGGUGACCCGUCUCUGCCACCAGAAAAACGCAAUCAAGUGAACUUGGCACAACUGUUGAGGGACUCAAGGGAAAAAACUAAAAAGCUCUCAGAGGAGGUGAAAGAGCUGACUCAGAGGCUUUCAGAAGCGCAGGGGGACAACAAGCUCCUGAGGAUGACUAUUACUCGCCAGAGGCUAGGGGAUGAGGAGGUGGGGGCACGUCACUUCCCUGCCCAUGAACGUGAAGAUUUGGUUCACCAGCUGGAGAGGGCAGGGCUACAGAUGGAGGAGAUGGAGCACAACGUGAAGGCUCUGACAGACGAACUGCAGGACGUGAAGGCGGAGCGCACUGUGUUCAGGGAGAAAGCGAACCGCCUCAACGUGGAGCUUAACCACAUCUUGGGCAACCAUGAGGCACGCAUCAUUGAUGUGGACGCCCUCUGCAUGGAGAACAGAUAUUUGCAUGAACGUUUUAACCAACUACAAGAGGAGGUGAACCUGCUGAAAUCAAACAUCAUGAAGUACAAGACAGCACUGGAAAGGAGGAAAAACUCUGGCACAUAUGGGAAAUCAAACAGCAGUCCCCUCACUGGAGUCCUCUCAGCUAAACAAGUCCAGGAGAUGCUUCUGGAAGAGCAGGGCUGCAGCCUUCCAGCCACACCUCAGUCCAUCUCUGACCUCAAAUCCCUGGCCACGGCUCUGCUGGAGACCAUCCACGAGAAGAACCUGGUCAUCCAGCACCAGAGGCACACCAACAGAAUACUUGGAAACCGUGUUGCAGAUUUGGAGAGGAAGCUGAAAACUUUGGAAGUUUCAGGACUUUGGAGUCUUCCAGGCUUGACCUACCGCGUAUCCGUGGGAAUUGGGAGAACACGAGACAGUAUAGCCCUUGGUGAACAUCUGCAGCCGGAACUUCACCCAACACACGUCAUGUCUCAGCCAAACAUGCAGCUAUCCAAAGUUGUGCCAGACAACAGAAGUUCACAUGAAUCAUCGUGGGAAUGCCACACCGCUGGCAGCGACCUUGGCACAGAUGGCGUCGGCAGGGAAGACACACCUGCACUGCUCAACAGCCUGGAUCCUCUUGUGGGGGUGGAGACGAAUGGGAUUGACAGAAGAGGGGGAGAAAUGGUGACCCUGACGGAAGAUGGAGCAGGGUUGGAGCUGGAGGAGGGGCGGAGUCCGGUGGAAGAGGCGGGGCGGGAGGUCGAAGGGGUUGAAGAUGAAGAGCUGGGCUCCACGGUGGAGGAAGGGGAAGAGGCGGCUUUGGCGCUGGAUGCCCCACCCACUGAGUCAGACCUUUCGUGGCUUUCAAUUAAACAUGCCUCCGAUGAUCAUUCAGAGGUGGGUCAUGUGCACUGCGAGUCCCAGGACGAAGAAUCUAGUAAUGAACUUGAAUGUGUAGAAACCUCCAAAUCUGACCCAGAGUGCCAGACUGCAGACCUGUCAACCACAGCGAACUGGGACAUUCACUGUCGAUCAGUACAGAGUGACACCUGUCAGACUGACAACUUGGCUUAAUCUGACAUCGAUGAAAGACUUUGGAAGGUUAUUUAAAUCGUUUCCCGUGUCGUCCUUAUUGAUGACUGCAUUCAUCACCCGUAGUUAUAUUCUCAAAACGUAGCCACACUCACUAGCUCCCUUUUCCAGCUCCUUUUUAGUCAAUAAAAUGGAGAGAAAACACUUUUCCAGCCACCUCUGACAGAGCCUGAGGUGCACUUUGUAUCCAGACAGGCUUGUCGCUCUGCAAGAACAGGCAAUCUUGAAAUCAAUGGAGUUGCAAACUUCAUGCCCUACAGGAAGAAUUUAGCAAGGAAAAUAACAAAUAUGGCAGCCUCAACUUCUGUGCCCCAAAUUCCUUUCUUUCUUUCCUGUGUGAUCGGAUAAUCCCAAUUGUUUGCUUUCUUCUUCUUCCAAAGGGACGCCAAGGAAAUGAGUGCUUCGUUUUGUUACUACUCUCAUAGGAGGGUCUAAAUUGGCUUACCAAAAGUUGUAAUGAAUGUGUUGUAUGUGCGUGUAAAUGAUUAACAGAAAUUCCAUUGAUGUCUUAUUUCAAAGUUGAUAUUCCUAAGAGACUACAUGUGCCUUGUAUGUGGAAAUAUGUACUGCUAUUUAUAAAUCCUAAACAAUACAAAUGCAUAAACCUG